AUGGAAGAAUUCGGCGUCCAUGCAUACCAGAACCAGACUUCCACAUACGAGGAUUGGUACUCUACUGGUAUCAAUGGCGGUCCCACGGAAGCUCUGAUCUGGCAAGCUGACUCCAACUUCUCGAGUGGUAACACCCCUGAUGAUGGUUUGCCGGUGAGCGCUCAUGAACCUCCGAUUUAA